GAAAAUAUGCAAAUUAUAUCAUACAUCCGGGGUUGUACCAAAUUUUCGGUACAACCUGCUAAUUGAGGAAGGAAUAAGAUGGAACCGAAGCCGUCGGAAUUUCUGCCGCUCCUCUAUUUGCCGGGGCGGGCCAUCAGAGACGAUGGAGCAGCAAAGACGGAAGACGAUGGAGCAACGAAGAUGACGAGGAGCGAUGGUGGCGAAAGUCCGGCGAAAACGAUGGAGAAGGAAGAUCUAAGGAGCACCGAAGAGAAGGAGGAAGAUGGUUGCAGUGUAAUCACUAGAUCAGCGUUAGGUUUCGUCCGUCGUUCGCUUUCAAGCCCUCACCAGCAUCCUCCUGUUCGGAAUGAAACGGAGAAAUCUGACGAAUGCUCAUAAAGUGAGUCGAUAUAAGAUCAAAUAACCAAACCAAGUUAUUGGUCUGAUUUUUUAGACCCCCUCUUCUCAAAAGUUUCCAUGGACAAAGCUGAUGUGUGGACUGUGUAUAAGACUAUAAGGGGCGGACCUACGUAGGUUACAGUGGGGUCAAGUGACACCACCGGAGUUUGUAUAAUUAACAUAUACCCCGGAGUAUGUAGUAUGCGGACUAUGAGUAAAGGUGGCUCAGUUGG